AUGUUCGAUAGCAAUUACAGCACAGGAGACAAUUUGGGAUUUCUACUGACUGGUUUCCCUGGACUUGAAAACAUACAGCACUGGUUUGCUGGUCCUUUUUCCAUAACGCUACUAAUAGCAUUUUUUGGUAACAUAGCACUUCUUUUCAUUAUAGCUACAGAACAAAGCCUCCAUGAGCCCAUGUACUACUUUGUUUUCAUGUUAUCAGCGACAGAUCUUGCUGUUGCCCUUACUAUUUUGCCUAAGCUUCUAAAUGUGUUAUGGUUCGGCUCACAGUAUUUAAGUAAUAAUGCCUGCAUUGUGCAACUAUUUUUUAUUCCCUUUUUCACUGCACUGGAGUCAUCUAUGUUAGCAGUAAUGGCUUGUGAUCGUUAUGUAGCAGUGUGUAAUCCUCUUAGAUACAAAACAAUAAUGGAAAACCAGUUUGCAUUAAAAAUUAUGUGUUUUGUUUCAGUUAAGUGUCUUUGUUUGGUAUUACCUUUUCCAGUGCUUGCUAAGAGUUUACCAUAUUGUGGAGUAAGCACCAUCCAGAAUGUAUACUGUGAUUAUCUUUCAAUAAUCAGAGCUGCAUGUGGCCAAACAGUCGUUAGUGACAUCUAUGGCUAUAUUUUUUUAGUCUUAGCAGGAGUGCCUGAUGUAACUUUGAUUGGGUUGUCCUAUUAUAAGAUUUUCAGAGUUAUAUUAAAAUUAAGAAUUAUUAGAGAUUUCAGAAGGGAAUUUCCAGAAUACGCCCAUGUCUUGUUUUCAGUUCUAAGUUUUACAGUACCAUUCACAUUAAACCCUAUUAUAUAUGGCAUAAAAGCAAAAGAGAUCAGAAGAAGGGUGAUAAGAAAGAUUGGAAAAGGGAAGACUCAACAAAUAUGGAGGCACAAAAGGAAUGCAUCAAGGGCAUUGUGA